AUGGACCUUAGUGUACCCUCUGGCUACGAGUCAUACUCGUACCGGCUCGACCCUCAUGACGAAGUCGACGAUGGCUAUGCUGCGAAGGCUUUUCGUCCGGUUUCCGAUCAACAAGUUCUCCUCAGGAGGCGCCAUGCGCGGAAUAAGCGUCGGGAGACUUUUGAUGCCGUCAGACUCUGCCUGCGCAUCUUCACCCUUUUACUCGAUCUUAGCAUUCUGAGUUUACUUAUUCAUGGAGUUAAUAUUUGGGAGACAACAUAUACCUCUGUUGACAGAAACGAGGACGGCUGGACGAGAACUCAAUGGGCUUCGGUCGAAAUGCUCUCGACUUGGUUAAUGCUAGUAAUUGCAGCAUUUGCAUCCUUUAUCCAAAUGGUAGCUAUAGCAACUCAUCUUAGUUUUCCCCAAUCAUUACGCGAUGGCUGGGUACAUACCGGCGCCGUGCUGGCAAGCUCUGGUAUUAUAACUGCAGGCUGGGUUGCUGCAACUGUUUACUUGAUUAUUGAUAAAGAAGGCCCAGCAGAGCUAUAUCUCCUGGGCAAGUCUAUGCACAGAAAUAGUAAGAUAUUCCUCUGA